GAACAGCUGUUUGGACUGUUUUUACAGACUAAGGCAGAUCGGUUAACACGUGGGGAGAUCAGGAGCGCGAUUGAAAACAUUCUGACAAUUUUUGUUCCCAUCGUGGCAGCAUCGAGGACCUUAAAACACUGUGAGUGUUUGGCGUCUUGAGGAAAUGCCAGUGCGGUUCCGCUCUGUUGUUCCCUACACAUUGCCUGGAGUACUUGUACUUAUUGGCUGGUGGUGGUACACGUCGAGGAAGAAAGAACGGAUCGACAGCCAGAGCUCAGAGGUCUCUCAAAGUCCUGUGAGCUUUAAAGACUCUCACGUAGAAGGCAGCAAUGGCCUGCUGUAUGAGGAGGAGAGCGCCGUCUUUCCAAACCUCAGCAACCAGAAUAAAGAAAAUGAAAUUAUUUCCCCCUUUCAACUGCAAGACGCUGAAGCAACAUCUUCACAGGAACACAGAGGUAAUGAUGCUAGCUUAGCACCCGCAGAAGCUCAUGCUCUGUCAAAUUUAACUCCGCCAACAUUUGGCAACAAGGAUUUGGCAGAGACGCCCCAUGAAGACCCGGACACUGAUUCAGCCCCCGCUUUAAUUGGGAAGCUAGAGAAAUGCCCAGCCAAAGAUUUAGACCUUCUUCCAGAAGCAUCGGAGGAAGCUGCUUUGCCGUCCAACGCCGCACCCUCAUCCUCAUCCAAAGACACCAGAUCCUCCACAAACACUAUAGAUGCAGAAAGGCCAGAGCCAGAAGGUGAGGUUGCUACCCAUCACAGCACUGUAAAUCCACAAGAGGAGAUUGUUUGUAUAGCUACGUCUACCAAAACACUGAGAGCGACGGCCUCAGAUGAAGAGUCUUUGGAGAAUCCCCUGCAAAUACAGGAUUUACACAAUCACAUCCUCACCAGCACCCCCAACAUCCCCACCUCCAGAGCCCAGGCCACCACCACCUCAUUAGCUAGCUCAGCUGAGAUACAAGUAGAGAGAAACACUGAAGAAAUGAAUAAUCUGGAGCUCCUGGCAGCCGGACUUAUAACCGAGGUCCUCUCUGCAGCCACCCAGGAAGUGCUUGGCGCUACGAGCUGUGAGGUUACAGCAAACGAGGAACCCAGUAGUAGAAGCAGUGCUGCUCUGGCCAGUGGCACUCUAUGCCCCCAGCUCAACUCCACAACAGGAGCCUCCCUUGAUGAUGGUCUCUCACAUGGAGAUGGAGAGCUCACCAAGGCAACAGAGAAAGAAUCUGAAGGAGAGCUGAAAGUUUGCUCUCUGGUCGAAGAAUGGGCAAAUGUUGAGACCCGGAUUCAGAAAACCAACAGUGCACAGAACGAGGCCUGGCCAACGGCGUUACGCCAAGGACAUCCAGCGCUGCUCUCUAAAUGUAGAAGUGAGGAGGCGGCGGCGCUGGCUGAAGACUCUGCCUGCAGCACAUGCCACUCUGAGGAGGGAAUCAGCAGCGAAGACCUGCAGGGCAGCACGCUAGAGAACCCAGCCGACGCGUUCAAGGUUCCGUCUGCGCAGGACGGCCGGCAGCCUCCGGCCGCAGCCGGGAGCGUCGCAAAGGAGACAGAAGAACCGCCUGAUGCAGUGUGUGACAUGAAGGGCGUAAAUGGGGACGGCCUGAGGAACGGAGCACAUGGGACAUGCGAGUUGGAUACAGAUCAGUCUGGAGGUUCUGAUGUCAACAGUAUGGACUCUGUGGACAGUGGCUGCACUAUGGGUGUUUGCGAGUCCCAAGUCAACAACGCCGCCUCUUCUUCCUCGGAACUCGUCAUCUGGGAGAUUGAGGUCCCAAAGCAUCUUGUAGGGCGACUGAUUGGGAAGCAAGGGAGAUAUGUAAGUUUCUUGAAGCAGAACUCUGGAGCAAAAAUCUACAUCUCCACUUUGCCUUACACACAAGAGUUCCAGAUCUGCCACAUAGAAGUUGGAGUCAUCUGUGCAGCUCCAGCAGUGGAUGGAGCGUGGUGGAGGGCUCAGGUCAUCACCUUCUACAAAGAAACCGACGAGGUGGAGAUCAGAUACGUCGACUACGGAGGCUACGACAAAGUGAAGAUUGAUUCACUGCGGCAAAUCAGAUCGGAUUUUGUAACACUACCCUUCCAAGGAGCAGAAGUGCUGCUUGACAACAUCACCCCACUACCAGGAGAGGAUUGUUUCUCCACAGACGCUACAACCGCAUUAGAAGAACUGACCAGAGGUGUUGCCUUGCUAGCUCAGGUCUCAAACUAUGACAACAACACGGGACUGCCCCUAGUUCACCUGUGGAACCUGGUUGGAGAUGAGGUGGUCUCGGUGAACCGCACCGUGGCAGAGAGGGGCCUGGCUGUGUGGGCGGAUGGGUUCUGAGUUCCGCUCCAGCCCAGAGGAAGUCAUGAAGGAAGCUCAUUCCUGUUGUCAGCAGCUCAUCCUGGGGAUCCCACCCACCAGGAACACCACUGAGAAGAUCGUUUCGUUGCUCUUCCACUCUUCAACCCAACGGAAAGCAGAGAGACUUUAUCCUCAGGCAAAGUCAACAGGGAAACGGCACCUCUCCAAGAUGGACUUCAGUUUUGGUCUAAAAACCAUAUAAUUUAAAAAAAAGAAGAGGUAUUGUAACAAUAAAGGCUCCAGAAUUAUAUAUUUUUUGCUCCCAUUCUAGCAUAAACCCCUGGAACAGUGGCUCAUCAUGCUGGCUUAGAGGACAGACGCAUGCAUGACGUCCUGACUGUUCUCUAGCAGGUCUGUCUGUUGUGGAACGCUGUGGGAAUGCUGGGCUGACAACCAGGCAGCUUCCUGUGGACCUUUCUAGACUGUAGUAGAGGGAGACGAGCGGACAGCCUGCCUUUCCUCCCCGGUCUUUGGUGCACGUUGGUGGACCAGCCCACAUUUACACACUUCCCAUGAAAAAGCACUCUAUUUUUUUCUUAAAAAGACUUAUUGAGUAAAAGCUGGCUCAUUAUUGAACAUUCAUGUUGUUGAGAUGUUCAGAGGUAGAUGAACGCUAUCCGACACAUUGGCUGCCGUUAGUGGAGGUUUUCUGCAGGAUCAGAAGCUUCUGAUUGGUCAACAGCAGAACUUCUAUUAAAAAAAAAGACAGUUUUCCAGGAUUAAAUAUGAAAUGAUUGAAUUCUGCUGCUCCAGGUCAAACUGACAUCCAAGCAGGAAACCUAAUGGUGUUUAUUUCUUUCACUGUCAUCGUUUUUUGAAAAUUUUUCUUUGUUAUGGUGCGUGGGUCUGAUGUCGGAGAAACGCUACUUAAAACAAAUCAUCUUAAAGCCGCCAUUUAAUUCUGAGCUACCAUAAACCUUAAUGAAAUCCCAGUUGGUGCCGGAGCUCCUCAGCAGCUCAAGUUUCAGGUUGAUUCGUGGAUAUUAGACCAGAAAAGAUUAAAAAAACUGAUUUUUAAAGUCGACUUUGAUCCAAAAUGGUGUUUUUUGGAUGAGGCUGUAGUGUUAACCAGAAAUAUAUUGAUGUUAUUGAAAAAGUAAAUCAAUGCAGAAAAGUCCUGAACUAAAACUUGAAAGUUGUUUGUUUUUCUAGAUUUACAUUUGAUCCUCAGAUCAAUCCUUAUUUAUAGUUGUUCCCAUGGUACCGUUCCAGCACUAAAACCAGUUACCCCAGAAUGAAACAUCUUAAGCAGCCGUGCAUCAGGUUGCAGGAAUGUAAGAGUAGGAAGUAUGAAGCUCAGCCUGCUGUGGAUCAACACUGACCCCUGGUCAGCCUCGGUGAAACGAGCCGCUGAUCUAAAGGGACCCCUCCACAGAGGGAGUCACACUAAAACGCUGCUGCUCUCAGAACAGUGAGGACCACUUUAAACCCAACCGUUUGUCAUCAUAUUUCCUGUGACAGUUUCAGAUCUUCCCUGUGCAAUAAUGCCUACUCUAGUAAAUGAUGCGCUUCUAAUUUGAUGCAGCUACUGUAAAAGAACUGAAACUGACGUUCUGGCAAUAAGGCGGCUUUGUUUUCAUUUACUCUGAGGGGUGGAGUCGCCAUGGCAACGGGAAACAUGUUUUCUAUUUGACGUUUAAAAUCUGUUUCACGAUGGGCUUUAUUUAGCCGCUGAUAAAAACAGGUUAGUCGAGUGAAACGGAAGGAAAAGUGACUCAGAAGCAGAAAACGAGUUAUUGGAUCGGCACGGUGUUAUGUGUCUUCGGACCUGUCAGACCCGCGGCUGCUUUCAUUCGCUUUGUCUGUCUGUCUGAAGAGUCCAUCGCUCAGCACUGAAGAAUCUGUCAUGGCUCUGCUCAUUUCUCUGUAAAUAAGAUGGGACUAAUUUUCUGCAGCGCUGGAGAAUGAGACGGUUGUUUUGUUUUUUGUUUUGUUUUUGUCUUUUCUGAGUCCCCCCCCCACCCCACCCAUUGCAUUUUCAAUCAUGAAACCGAGGAUAGCAUAACUAGACGACCUCUAAUUGGAUCUAAAUGGGGGUCAAAACAGCUAUAACUGAAGGCAUUUCAAUAACCUGUACAUAUCUGACUUUGCUAGGAUCACUUGACGUUUGAUUUGAUUGUACAGAUCCAAAAGGGAAAUAAUAAAGUUAUUAAGUGUUUAUGGU